GCAUAUAGUGUAUAUAACCUUACAAGAGAUAACCUUAUCCUGCAAAUAUCAGAUAGAGAAUGUUCCACGUAGGAUAACCUUACUGUGUCCAUUAGUUUUCAGCUGAGUCUACCAAGACACUCAAAUUCCAUACAACAACAUCCUUAACAACAUUAGUUCACUACAAACAACCUUAAUUUGAAGUUGAACAAGAUAUAUUCACACAUGUCACUCCUCCAACUCAAACUAGCCCCUAAUGCAUUCACACCUCUCUCUCAUCCCUCUCAUAGAUUCAGACCCAACAGAACAAUCAAAAUUAGAGCAGUUGGCACUGUCCCUGAUCAGAAGAAUUCAGAAAUCACAGAAUCUAACAAAGAACCACCCUCUGUCGGCUUUGCAUUUGUCAGUUCAGUGUUGCUACCAGAUGGAACACCAGAUGUGCAUUUUCGUUCUGCUACCGGUGGCCAGAAGCUUAGGAACAUAAUGUUGAAUUCUAAUAUUGAACUCUAUGGCCCUUAUGGUAGAAUUUUGUUAAACUGUGGAGGAGGUGGAACUUGUGCAACAUGUAUGGUUGAGGUUCUUGAAGGCAAGGAGCUUCUGAAUCCUCGCACCGAGAAAGAGAAGGAAAAAUUAAAAAGGAAACCAAAGAAUUGGAGAUUAGCAUGUCAAACAGUUGUUGGUGAAGCAGAUUCCACAGGGGUGGUUGUGGUUCAACAAUUACCAGAAUGGAAAGGACAUGAAUGGAAAUAUGAAAAGGGCGAUGAUGAGUCUGCAGAGUCUUCCUGAGAAAAACUUUUAUUACAAAUCUUGAAGAUAAUAAUAUUUGACAGUUGUAACUAGAAGUUGUAAUCUUGAAGAUAAUAUAUCUCUUUCUCUUUCAAAAUUUAUAUAUCUUCAAGAAAUACUGAAUAAAUUCAUUAAUUGAUUUGUGAAUGAUACAAAGGUUCUUUAUA